CGAGCAGGCUGAGCGUUACGAUGGUUCGUUCGCACCUUAUCUCCUUCCACCCACUGGCGAUGCCCUCGUGGAUUGGCGGUUGCUUACGACGAUGAAUACCGAUUGCUGAUGAUUCUCCUUGAUGGUUAUAGAGAUGGUCACCUACAUGAAGGAGGUUGCUAAGCUUGGUGGAGAGCUCACCGUUGACGAGCGUAACUUGUUGUCGGUCGCCUACAAGAACGUUGUCGGAACGCGACGUGCUUCGUGGCGCAUCAUCUCCAGCAUCGAGCAGAAGGAGGAGACCAAAAACAACGAGAAGCACAUCACCAAGAUCCGCGAGUACCGCCAGAAGAUCGAGGAUGAGUUGGAGAACGUGUGCGGGGAUGUUCUCAACGUCCUUGACGAAUCGUUGAUCCCCAAGGCUGAGUCUGGCGAGUCCAAGGUGUUCUAUCACAAGAUGAAGGGUGACUACCACCGUUACCUUGCCGAGUUCGCCCACGGCGACAAGCGGAAGGAGGCUGCCCAGGCUGCCCACGAGGCCUACAAGAACGCCACCGACGUUGCACAGACCGAGUUGACUCCCACCCACCCCAUCCGCCUGGGUCUGGCCCUUAACUUCUCCGUGUUCUACUACGAGAUCUUGAACUCGCCCGACCGUGCUUGCCACCUCGCCAAGCAGGCUUUCGACGACGCGAUUGCCGAGCUCGAUUCGCUCAGCGAAGAGAGCUACCGGGAUUCGACCCUCAUCAUGCAGUUGCUCCGCGACAACUUGACCCUCUGGACCUCAAGCGACGGAAACGACGUCGAGGAGCCCAAGGAGAAGCCUGCCGAGGCAAAGACCGAGGAUGCGCCCGCCGCUCCCGCUGCCGAGGAGGCGAAAUAAGCUUCAUCACCAAAACUAACUUCCUUACAUUCACCCGAACGACGACCUUUUUACCCUUUCCCACACGAUUUGACUGUUCUUUCAUUUCCUUUCUAAUUGAAGACGGAUGAUCUAUAGGGGGCACUUGGAAAGAUGUUAAGAAGAUGGGGGAAUUGCUGUAAUGUCAUUUCCUUGUUUUACUUUCCUGACUACUCAAUGUUUUCUUGCGUGACCGUCGUCAAUUCACAAGACAGGGCAAAUUUUGGGAUAUAAUAUUUUCGCGACGCGUUCUGGGAGGAAACACG